AUGGGCGAAUCGAGACAAGAGCUCGUUGCAUGGCUCAACAGCCUUCUACAACUUAACAUCACAAAGGUUGAGCAAUGCGGCACUGGAGCUGCGCUCUGCCAGGUUUUCGACAGUAUCUACAUGGACGUGCCCAUGGCCAAGGUCAAGUUCAACGUGAACUCCGAAUACCUUUACAUUCAAAAUUUUAAGGUCCUUCAGAACACUUUCACAAAGCACCAGAUCGACAAACCCAUUCCCGUGCCAGCACUCAUCAAGUGCAAGAUGCAGGACAACCUCGAGUUUUUGCAAUGGACUAAGCGCUUUUGGGAUCUCAACUUCCCUGACCACGAAUACGACGCCGUCGCCCGACGAAAAGGUGGAGCGAUGCCUCCCGCCGCCUCUGCUCCUCGUCCCGUUGCUGCUGCUGCCACUGGCGCCGCCCGUCGGGGAGGCAGCACCCCUAGUGGUGGACCCCGAGUAGCCAAGGCCGCUGGACCCGCUACCGCUGCUCUGCAGCAAGAGAAUGCCACUCUCAAGGAGACCGUCACCGGCUUGGAGAGGGAACGUGACUUUUAUUUCAGCAAGCUCCGAGAUAUUGAGCUCCUCGUUCAACAGGCUGUCGAUGAAGAUCCUGAGCUGGAGAAGCAAGAGGAUGGGCUGGUCAAGCACAUCCAGACUAUUCUCUACUCGACAGAGGAAGGCUUUGAGAUCCCUGCAGAGGGCGAGGCUGUCGACGACCAGGAGACCUUCUAA